UUUAGACGAAUACUUUGAAUAUGAAGCUGAGGAAUUCCUGGUCUCCUUGGCCUUAUUGAUUACUGAAGGUCGAACACCAGAAUUUUCUGUAAAGGGUAGAACAGAGGGUUUCCAUUGCCCUCCAGCACAGUCAAGUCAGCCAUUAACAUCUAAGCAUGAGUGCACCGACAAAUUGGCCCAGUGUCGUCAAGCCAGACGAACCAGAUCUGAGGUUAUGCUGCUGUGGAAAAAUAAUAUUCCUAUCAUGAUAGAAGUGAUGCUACUUCCAGACUGUUGCUAUAGUGAUGAAGGGCCCACCACAGAAGGGAGUGAUUUAAAUGAUCCUGCAAUCAAACAAGAUGCAUUGCUGUUAGAAAGGUGGAUUUUGGAGCCAGUUCCCCGACAAAGUGGAGAUCGCUUUAUUGAAGAGAAGACCCUCUUAUUGGCUGUCCGCUCUUUUGUUUUCUUUUCUCAGUUGAGCGCUUGGCUGAGUGUUUCACAUGGUGCUGUUCCUCGUAAUAUUCUGUACAGAGUAAGUGCUGCAGAUGUGGACCUGCAAUGGACUUUUUCCCAGACACCAACUGAACAUAUGUUUCCUGUUCCUAAUGUUUCUCACAAUGUGGCCUUGAAAGUCAGUGUCCAGUCCUUGCCUAGACAAUCUAACUAUCCGGUUUUGACCUGUAGUAUUCACACCAGCCUAGGCUUUUAUGAAAAGGGAAUACAAGAACAUAAUGUACAUCAGCACUGUGAUUCCAUUGAGAGAGAGCAGCGCAGUGUGUCCAGUUCACAGCGUUCAUGUGGAAAACAAACGUGGACAUUGAUUCCUAAGGGCUUAGUUAAUGCAAAAAUAUCCCCUGAAUUUUCUACAUCGGUGAGAAACAUAAAACUUUAUCCAGCAACUGGUCUUGGGUCUGCCUUUGGGACAUCACUGUCUAAAGUUCAGUGCUAUAAUGCUAUGGGGGACGACAAGACACAGCCACGUGAAACAUCACUCAGAACUUUUAAAUCCUUUUCUUUGGUUGAUCCCCAAGUUCCAAAUAGUCACUGUUCCCAUCAGCGCAUAGGAGAGACUAGUCCUUUGAUAGGUUCUUUACUUCAGGAGCGACAGGAAGUUAUAGCAAGAAUUGCUCAGCACUUGAUUCACUGUGAUCCAUCUACUUCACUUGUUACUGGAUGUCCAUUCAACAUGCAUGAAACCAGUUCAGUUACUUCAAAAGUGUUUUGGAAUACUUAUGAAGAUGAAAGCUUGCUGAAAAAAGGCAAGGAAACAUCCUCUGUUUCUACUGCUAACACAGAUAUUACGUUAUCAGAAGACUGCAGUGAAGACAAGACAAGAGCAAUACCAGAGAACCCAUUGGUUGAUUCCCAUGUUACUGUGAACCACUGUUCUCGUCAGUCCAUAGGAGAGACUAAUCCUUUAAUAGGUUCUUUACUUCUGGAGCGACAGGAAGCUAUAGCAAGGAUUGCCCAACACUUGAUUCACUGUGAUCCAGCUACUUCACACAUUACCGGGCGUCCAUUCAAUGUACAUGAAAGCAGUUCAAUCACUUCAAAAGUUUUUCAAAGUUCAUAUGAAGAUGAAAACUUGUUGAAGAAAGGCAAGGAAACAUCCUCUAUUUCUUUCUCUAAGUCUGACGUUACCAUAGAAGACAGCAGUAAAAUAAAGACCAGAACACCUGAUACCCCUCUGACAUCUUAUAGACUUGAUGGUGAAUUGAAGGCUUCUCCAAAGCCCCAAGCAAGAAGAAAACUGAUUCUAGCAAAAUCCAGUGAAGUUGUCCAAAACACAUUUCAGCAGACUCCAAAUAAAACUACCAAUUCAUUUAUUAGCAUAAGUAUAUCAUGUAGCAAAGAAAAUAAAUCUGAACUGCGAGGUAAACGGGAAACAGUACUUUCUGGUUGUCCACAUAAAGACCAAAUGACCAAAAAAGACAUUGGUAAACAGUGUUCAAAUUUCAACAGCACUGAUGAAGAGAUUUGCAAAAAUAAACUUAAAGAAAGAACAAUCACGAGUGAGAAUAGUAAUGGAGACUGUUUAAUCAAUCCACAGUUAGAUAAAUCCAAAAUACUUGAAGGUACAAAAAAAGUGACACUAAUGCAGGCAUCUAAUAUUUUGCACAAAAAUGAGCUUAAGUGUUUAGAUAAAGAUUCAAAAAAACCAAAUAUAUGUGAGCAAAAUACCCAACUUGUUAGUAUUGAAAAUUAUUUAAAUAAAGACCAUGACAGUUUCAAAUGCAAAAAUAAGCAAGAUAAACUGAAAACUGCACAUGAUGAGAAUGAAGACCCAACUGACUAUGAAUUUCAAAGCAAUUCCCAGAAGAAAUCUAUAGAAGACUAUUUGGCUAGGUGUGAACGACUGAAGAAUGCUGAUGUGCUGAGAAUACCACCACUCAAGCAUUCAAGUAUAUGUCGGAAACACAAUUUUCACUCUGUGGAUGGGACUGUAACCAAGGCUUUCCAUCCUCGAACUGGAUUGCCUCUACUUUCAAGCCCUGUUCCUCAGAGAAAAACACAGUCGGGGUGCUUUGAUCUGGACUCAUCUUUGCUGCGAUUGAAAUGUUUGUCUACAAGAAGUCCACAACAACGUAUAAACACAGACAGUGACCCAGAAGGCCAUGAGAAACCAUUUCUGAGUUCCAGUGCUCCACCCAUAACAAGUCUUAGCCUUCUAGGAAACUUUGAGGAGUCUGUCUUGAACUAUCGUUUAGAUCCUCUAGGCAUUGUUGAUGGCUUCACUGCUGAGGUGGGAGCAAGUGGAGUCUUCUGCCCCACACACAUGACUCUUCCAGUCGAAGUGUCAUUCUACAGUGUUUCAGAUGAUAAUGCACCCUCUCCCUAUAUGGGUGUGAUUACUUUAGAAUCCCUUGGUAAAAGGGGUUAUCGGGUACCUCCUUCUGGAACCAUACAAGUGACCUUAUUUAACCCUAAUAAAACUGUGGUGAAAAUGUUUGUGGUGAUCUAUGACUUACGAGAGAUGCCAGCCAAUCAUCAAACAUUCCUACGGCAAAGGACUUUUUCUAUUCCUGUGAGACGAGAAGUAAAGAGAAGUAUCAAUAAAGAAAACAUUUGGCAGACUGAAGAGAGGCUACUACGCUACCUCAUACAUCUGAGGUUCCAGAGUUCCAAAUCUGGAAAGAUCUACCUCCACAGAGAUGUAAGGCUCCUGUUCUCUCGGAAAUCAAUGGAAGUUGAUAGUGGUGCUGCGUAUGAACUCAAAUCUUACACUGAGUCUCCAACAAACCCUCAGUUUUCACCAAGAUGUUAGCAAGCAGUGAAAAUCAGAGUAUUAAUUGAAUUACCAGAUUACUGUUUACAAGCAAAACUUUGGCAUGGAAUACAGUGUAAAAUUAAAUAUGUAAAGAAAUGAAAGUAGUGCUCAAAUGAGAGUCAAUAAUCUUCUGUGAUUCUGGACCAGUUUUUGUAAAAGGUUUCUGGAAUGAGCUUUGUGUAUUCCAGGUAGACUGGAAACAAAUACUUAAAUCCAAUCUUUUUGUACUGUUUAAAACCACUUCAUUGGAUGUGUUGCAAUAGCAAAUUCCCAAGUUAGUUUAGUGUUUACACCUUUUAUUUUAUUUUUCAGUUAUUUAAUAUUUAACGUUUCAUUUAAUAUUCAAGUGAUGUUUGUCUUUAGUGUUCUAAUGUAGCACAAAUCCUAUGUAAAAUCAUAUUAUGUAUUUUUGACAUUAAUAAUAUUGAAAUCUGAAAUAUAUACAGAAGUCUUUAA